AUGUCCCCUUCAGCUUCCUCGGAUAUCAAGGAACCUCCCAGGCCGAGCCCUUCAUAUCUCAUCUCAUCUCCGCAAGUUCUGCGGCCCAAAAUAAAUACCUCUCUGUCAGUCACUGUCCUUGCUCAAUACCCCUUAAGGGUGACCUCAGAGAUCGUCAAUGGUAACACCAGCGUGGUCAGCGCUCAGGAAGGUCUUUUUCAAGGAGGUAAACGGGUUGAAUCAAGGAUUCCGGACAGUGCCAUACACUAUUCAUCCCCCUACACGCUGGUGGUUAUGGGUUAUGUCCGUGAGAGGUUGGUGUUUACCAACUCCAGCGUUCUGCGCUUCAGCCCCAAGAGCUACUCCACCUUCAUUCAGACCGACAAGUCCACCUACAAACCGGGCCAGGCGGUGAAAAUCCGCACAGUGUCCAUUUUUCCGGACGGCAAACCGUGCAAGAGCAAGGUGGAUAUCGUCAUUAAGGAUCCGAAGAGAAACACGAUCCUCCAGUGGAUGACAUUGGACAGCUUCCUGGGCGUUGUUUCCAGAGAGUUUCAGCUGUCUGACAACCCUCCUCUCGGGGAGUGGGCUAUUGAAGCGACGGUCGAUGGAGUGCUGAGCGAGAAAACGUUCACAGUGGACAACUAUGUGCUUCCGAAGUUUGACAUUCAGAUACAAGCUCCCACGGCAAUCUAUUAUACGGAUGACCUAACAGGAACUGUCCGAAGCCAUUACACUUUUGGGAAGCCAGUGAAGGGACUGUUGACAGUGACAGCUCAAUUUCAGAUUUAUGCCAAGCCCAUGAGUGCAAAUAAAACCAUGGAGAUUGAUGGCUCCGCUCAUUUCAUCUUCAACCAAAAUGACUUAUAUGAAUAUUCAAAGCACAAUGAAAGGGAUGAAGUCAUAUACCUCACAGCCAGUGUCACCACCUUCACAGGAUUGACGUACAACACAACAAUUGAAGUAAAUGUUAUAAGAAAUAAAUAUCAGCUUACAUUUCUGGAAUCUUCCAGCGCAUUAAGGCCAUCUUUAAAUUUCUCAACAUACCUGAAAGUGCGUUCGUACAGCAAGACCUUGACCGCAGAGAUCCUGCGGGAGAAUGUGACGGUGACCGUGACUCAGCUGAAAAGCAGCCCCUGGAGCUGGAGACAGGACGAGUGGGACAGUCUCUGGCCCCAGGGCAGAAACGGCUCUGAGUUCCUGCAGGGUCUGCCUGGUCGCGGCCCUCUCGGAGAAGAUGAUGCUCAGCUGAUGACGAUGACCUUCCCGGUGCCUGCCGACGGAGUCAUCCCCAUCCAAGUUCUAGUUUCAGAUUACGUGGCUACGGUCAUCAUUAAGGCCACUUUGGGGGAUAGCAAAGCCACCUUGCAGAUGUAUAGCAGCUACUCUUCCCCCACUUCAUCUUACAUCCAGAUCAGCAGAGACCAUUCUCCUAUACAGGUUGGAGUCCCCUUGCACUUGGUUGUACAGAGCAAUUUUCCAUUAAGGGAAUUUCACUAUUUGCUGGUGUGCAGGGGACAGGUGGUGGCUGCAGGGAAGGGCAGCCACUCCUUCACUCUGACUCCCGAUGAGUCAUGGGCCCCGCACGCCAGUGUGAUUGUCUACACCGUCCUCGCCAACGGAGAGGUCGUUAAUGACAUGAUGGUCAUUCCUGUCGCCCAAGUGCUGAGGAACAAUGUGUCUCUGAGCUGGAGUCAGGCGUCAGUGAAACCGGGAGAGGAGGUGACGCUCGGGGUGUCUGUGAUGGAGCCCAAAUCUCUGGUGGGAAUUCUGGUGGUCGACAAGGCUGCUAAGCUGUUGAAGCAGGACAAUGACAUCACAUUGGAAGCGGUUCUGGAAGAACUGACUGAAUAUGACACGGACAAAAAGGUCAGCAGUCCUUGGCGUGAAAUCAUGAGGAGUGACCCAUACUCUAUUUUCGAGGCCUGUAACCUGAUGGUUUUAACAGAUGCCACAUUAUCUAAAGUGAAGGCCCAGGAACACGUACCAAUGUUCCCAGGGGAGGGAAUACAGGAAUUAUUUCAGGCCGAGGAAGUGGUGGCCUCGGAGCCACGAGUGAGAAAGCUAUUCCCGGAGACUUGGCUGUGGCUUGACGCUAACAUGAGUGAUUCAACCACAGCAAGUUUCAGUGUUACAGUGCCAGACAGCAUUACUUCCUGGAUCGCUACAGGAUUUGUGAUGUCAGAGAAUCGAGGCCUGGGGCUCGUUAGUCUCCCACAAAAGCUUACGGUCUUCAAAAACUUCUUCCUGGCGCUGAAACUGCCGCGUCUCAUCGUCCGAGGGGAGAGCAUUGUGCUGGAGGCCAUCGUUUUCAACUACCUGCCGCAUGAGCUGGAGGUCAUGGUGAUUGUUGCUGAGAGUGAGGCCUUCGACUUUGACAAUGUACCUGACCAUGACCUGUCAAUGGCCAGUACACAGACAGUGUACGUGGGGAGCCAGGAUAGCGCUACGGCACUCUUUCCCCUAAGACCCAAAAUGCUCGGGGAGAUCCCCAUCUCCGUGAAAGCCAUCUCUGCUGUCUCGAGCGAUGCCAUAAUUAAGAACAUUCUGAUCAAGCCUGAAGGAAUUGAGCGGACUUUCUCAAAGUCUAUAUUUUUGGAGCUGGACUCAGCAGAGCAUCGCCUGAUGAGAGUGAUCAACUUCACCUUCCCCCCAGAUGUGGUGCAGGGCAGUCAGAGGGCUGAAGUGGCUGCAGUCGGUGACAUCCUGGGCCCUUCCAUCACCGGGCUGGAGUCCCUCAUUCAGAUGCCCUAUGGGUGUGGGGAGCAGAACAUGAUCAACUUUGCUCCCAACGUUUAUGUGCUUCAGUACCUGGUCAAAGCAGGACAAGUCACAGAGAAAAUCAGAAGCAAAUCCAUAUCCUUCAUGACGCAAGGUUACCAGCGAGAGCUCUCAUACCAGAGAAUAGACGGCUCCUUCAGUGCUUUUGGCAAUUCAGAUGCCUCUGGGAGUACAUGGCUGUCUGCGUUCGUGCUGAGGUGCUUCCUGCAGGCCCGUCCAUAUAUCUACGUUGACCCAGGCGUGCUCUCCAGGACGGCGGCCUGGCUGGUGAAACAGCAGAGGCCGGAUGGGGCCUUCCUGGAGCCAGGCCGGGUCAUCCACACAGAGCUCCAGGGGGGGCUGGACGGUCCCGUUGCACUGACUGCCUACGUGCUGCAUGCCCUGCUGGAGGACCCGGCCUACAUGAUCGAGUACGACAAGACCUUGACCCAAGCGUUGGCCUUUCUGGAACGCAAGCUGGAAUCUGGUAUCUCCAGUAACUACAGCCUGUGUCUGGUAGCAUACGCUCUGUCUUUGGCUAACCACUCCAGCGCCAACAAAGCCUUGAUGGAACUGUUUGACAGAGCAGCCAUACAAGAUAACGUGAUGUCCUGGAGCUCCUCGGGGCUGUUGAAGACGCGACGGCCGCGUUCAUCGGACAUUGAGAUGGCCGCCUACGUGCUCCUCUCCGUGUUCAAACUGGGCAUGCUGGAUAAGGGCUUCCCACUGCUGAAAUGGCUGAUCGUGCAGAGAAACCACCUGGGAGGUUUUGGCUCCACGCAGGACACGAUCAUCGCUCUGCAGGCCCUGUCCUGGUACGCAGGCCUCGGCAGCUCCUCAGCCAUCGACCUAAGCAUCAAAGUCGUCCACAAGCCCUCUCUCAUGGAAGCCCGCUUCCACAUCGACUCCACCAAUUAUCUGCUCCGCCAGAGCCAAGAGAUUGAUGCAGAGAGAGAUAUCAACAUUGAGGUCUUUGCUGAAGGUCGAGGAUUUGCGCUUUUACAGCUGAACGUGUUCUAUAACUUGGAGAGUGGAGGGUUGGCAUGGAGACGCCGCGAUACCGAAGAAGAGGACGCGUUUUAUCUUACUGUGGAAGUCACCGACGGGAGCCUGGACCACCUCACCAUCCACGUGUGCACAAGGCUGCUUGAGAGCGAGGGCAUUAAUCAGACGGGCAUGGCGAUAAUGGAAGUGGGGCUCCUCAGUGGCUUUGUCCUUGAUCAGAAUGGCGUGGAGACCAGCUACGUCAUUAAGAAAGUGGAUGAGGACCAAGAACGAGUCCAUAUUUACUUGGAUUCGGUGACCCUUAUGCCAUUGUGUGUCAAAAUCCGACUAAUAAGGGACUUCAAAGUGGCAAAAGUUGAGGAUGCUGUGGUCGUUGUCUAUGACUACUACGAGCCUGGUAGGAGGGCGGAGCAGACGUACAACUUCCAGGCUUUGCGGAACACGUCACCCUGCGACUUCUGCGGGUACGACUGCCACCAGUGCACAGGGUUGACCUAUGCGUCCGCCAGCCCCUCCCUCAGCCACAGCGCGGCCUGGAUUCCUGCCGCAUUGCUCCUCCUCUUCCUCGCUUAA